GAAACCAUCCUCUUGGGACCAUUCAUAAGCAAGAGACACCAACGCUGUGACAUAUGCCAGUGCCACCACCACCACCACCACCACCACCACCUCCUCCUUUGCCUCCACCUGCCCCACCAGUUGGGGCUCCUCCCCCUCCACCACCACCAGCACCCCCGGUAAGCCCAGACACUUCCAGCUUGAGAAAGGCAGAUCCCAGCAAUCGGAGCGCGCUGCUGGCUGAUAUCCAGCAAGGAACCCUGCUACGAAAAGUCACUCAGAUCAAUGACCGAAGCGCCCCCCAAAUCGAGGGUUCUAAAGGAACCAACAAAGAAGGACGAAGUUCUGCAAACUCUAGAAGUGGAGGCACACCCCCAGCCCUGGGAGAUCUAUUUGCUGGUGGCUUUCCUGUGUUGCGACCAGCAGGCCAGAGGGAUGCAGCAGGUGGCAAGACAGGGCAGGCCCCUGGCUCCCGCGCACCUUCUCCUCGGCUUCCCACCAGAACUGUCGCUGGCCCACUGAACCCCCCUGCGUCUCCCAGGCUAGGCAAUGCCUCCGAUGCUCAAGGCGCUGCCAGGACAGUCCCUCCUCGCCCGGGCGUGCCUGCCCCGCCUCCUCCCACCCCACCCCCACCUCCCCCGCCUUUACCCCCACCCCUGCCCCCUUCCUCCGCCAUUAAAUCUCCUCUGGUGUCCCCACCUGGCCCACCGACGAAAGGGAACCCCCCAGUGAUUGCACCCCCUCUGCCCUUCGCACCUCCCCCAACCCCUCCUCCACUGCCCCCAGCCUCCGUUCUCAGUGACAAGGUGGUGAGGCCUCAGUUAGCCCCCUUGCACCUACCGCCCAUCCCACCUCCGCUCCCUCACCUCCCACCUUGUGGGUAUCCAGGGCUCAAUGUGAAUGCUGUCAGCCCCAGCCAGGAUGUUCGGGAGCCUCCUGCCCUGCUUCCCCCACCGCCCCCACUCCCCCUUCACGCCUCAGGCACCCCGAGACCCUCUAUGCCUGUGUCCCCUUUGCCAGGUGCUAACAACAGCAGUGAAGCCCCACCCCCACUGCCCCCUAAGUCCCCCAGCUUCCAGGCCCAGCCCCCCAAGCCCAGCGGGCAGGCCUUGCCUGCACCAGCCACCCCUUUGGGGUCUCAGCUGUACCUGCAGAGGAAGCGGCCUGGUCGAGGCCCAGGAACCAGUGGGGGAAAGCUGAAUCCACCCCCAGCACCCCCUGCAAGAUCACCCACCACGGAGCUCUCCAGCAGGAGCCAGCAGGCCCCAGCCUGGAUCCCACCCCAGCCCGGAGGUCAGCUGCGGAAUGGAAGCCUGCACAUCAUGGAUGACUUCGAGUCUAAAUUCACAUUCCAUUCAGUGGAAGACUUUCCUCCUCCUGAUGAAUACAAACCAUGCCAGAAGAUUUACCCCAGCAAGAUCCCCAGAAGCCGUACUCCUGGCCCCUGGCUCCACGCUGAGGCAGCCGGGCAGAGCUCCGAUGAUAACAAAGGCAGAAAUUCUCAGUGCAUUUCUGCAAUUUCUGAACUUCCUACAAUGAAUAUGUUACUCCUGUGAUCAGAAAAAUACAUUAUCUCUAAAGACACUCCGGUGAGAAGACAGAUGAAGCCAACAUCCUGUGAGCCACCUGGGGUUCCAUGUCACAGACAGAAUGUGUCUGUCCUCACCAUACUUACGAUGUAAUUCAGCUGACAUACAGGCUCUGAAUGGAGCAUUUAUUUAUUGUAAAUACGUGGUUUGCACAGGCUUUAAAUCAGUAUUGUAGUCAAUAAUUUUAAAAAACCAUACACAUCGUAUCUCCAUUUUAAAAAAUGCAUCUUGGCAUUUGUCUGUCAGUACAGAUAGAGCCCUGUCCCCACCUGAUAGUGUCCAUUCCACCACUGUAAAUACAUGUGCAGGCUGGCCCUUCCUAGGUCCUGAACCGUUUUUAGAAGAUUCCUUAGUCUGCAAGUAGUCCCAAAGUCAUAGUAUCCACAGUGGCUUCUUCUUGGCAUGAUUUUUAUUCUCAUCACACAAACUACAAAAUUGAACCAAAUAAUGCCUUAUAAAUGACGCAGCUCAGAGAGUAGUGUGUUCCCACACCCAGACAAUGCCACACAGCCUCCAGUGAACGAGAUGCCAUGUCUCGCUUCCAUUUUGCAGUACAGGGAUUUUUUUUUUUGCUGCCUAAUGUAAAUACAAUGCAAAAUAAAGGCAAGAGUGGGCUUGGCCCUCCAAUGCCAGCCACAGGGCCCCUUUUGUUACUGAAAUGACCCUACAAGUGGCCAACGCUCUCACUGUUUACAGUACCUCUCCUACCCAAGUUUCCAUGACCUUCCUCCUGUCCCCUCCCAGGCCCCAGCCCCAUCCUAACAGCCAGGCUGAGGUGAGCUUUAUGAGAUUUUGGUAUUUUUCCCUCCAAGUUAGAAGCAUGUUUAAUUCAUUAUUAUAGUAAAUUACUGAUUCUAUUCCUGAGGCCUUUUUUUUUCUCCCCCACAUACUGGAUUUCCAUGGAAAAUGAUGACACAAAAAAGUAUAGACUGAAACAUAAAAUCUGGUGUCCCACCCCAAUCCUCCGGAAACCUGGGACCACCUAUCAGGCAAAACCUAGCUCCCUUCUGAGCUAAAGAGAAGCCAGGUGGUCUGAGAGUGCCCUGUUCCCCGUGAGGGCAUCUCUGGGGGAAGGAGUAUGUGGGCUCAGCCAGCCUUGAGUGUGCAGCUGGCCAGACAGACUCUCAGUGCUCUUCUCACGCCUUUUUCUUGAGCUGGCAAGGAAAGUGAAGUGUGUUUUUGCCUGCUGCCUGACCCCAGUGCUCCACAUCCUUGGAGGGGAAGCUGUGACAGAGGAGGACAGAAAACUGAAAGAAACAGAUCGAGCCCUUGCCUGUGCUCAAACUAGCCACAGAUUCAAGGAAGAGGGUGGAAGAAGCCACAAGAGCAGUGAACAAUGCUUCUUUUGGAACAACCACAACCACUCGUGCUCAUACCUCGGGCAGCAUGUCCAGCCCACGCCGUCCAGAAAACAUAGUGGCUAGGAGGGCUCUAGCUCUGUGACUGCUCGGACGCCUCGCCGUGGUCUAGAGCCUGAGGUGGUGGCCCACGUUACUGGUGUGCUUGCUUACUCCAGAGAGAAGCGCCGAGCAAGGCCAAGUGCCCACUGGGGAGUAAAACAUGCUGAACUGUAGCAGCUAACUCACCGGAAAGAUGCAUGUGCAGGUCAUCAGCUAUGGGCAUAGCCGACUCAUUUUAUUGGCUCUGGAAGAUUCUCGAAAGGUCAGAAUUUCUUUUAUAACAUUAUCCACUCCACCUCCCUCCCAGUUACAUAAAGUAAUUACAAGGGUUUUAAUUUUCAUGAUUCAGAAGGCCCUUGACAAAAGCAAAUCCACCUUCAGAGUAGACAGCCUGCCCUGAUGAGGUGUUUAUACAUUCCUGUACUGCACUGCUGAGAUAGAAAUUAAAAUAAAACUACUCAAGGGCAGAGGGAAGGGAUGAGCAUAAACCAGAGAUCGCAGUUAGGGAGAACUCUCAGGAAUCUGGUGUCCGUCACUCCUUGAGACCUAUCACUGACUUUGCGCUUUGAACUCGUGUGUGGCGGGACAAAGGUUUAGCCUGUAGACCGUGAGCUCAUGGUCGCAGCCCCCAACCAUCCUGAUAUUCUCACUGAUGUCAUCUGUGACUCCCCCAGCAUUUCCCAUCUAUUUUCUAUUUAUUGAUGUUCCCUCUGUAGGCUUAUUUCUUUGUAUCUAAUAAACUUUAAUGUGGAAA